CUCCGGCCGCCCGUGGGACUCGUCAUCUCACAGCGACGGCGGCGGAGGAAUGGUCCCCGCAGCCAGCAGCCUGGCCAGGUGUCAUGGCCGCCGUGGGGGAGCCCAACCAGCGUCAGCCCGAUGCCCACACGCCGGAGACUCUCGGCGCCCCGGCCGCCAGGGAGGUGCUGAGCGGCGCCCUGCGCUCCCUGACCAGGCUGACGGGGCAGCUUAACCUUGGAGAUGAUGUGGUGAAAAUUGUAAUCGAUUGGAGCAAGCUUCAAAGUACUUCGGCACUCCAGCCUACAUUGCUCUUUAGUGCACUUCAACAACAUAUUUUAUAUUUGCAGCCUCUUUUAGAAAAACUCCAGUCAAUGAUUAAAGAGGAAAAUAUAGUCACUGUUGAAGAUGCAGAUAAAACAGAAGGCAAGAAGUUGGAUACAAAUUCAAAAUUAUCUGAUAGUACCUCACAGAUAGAAGAAAAGUAUACAAGUUAUGAUUCAGGAGAUCUGAAAGAGGUUCAUAUUAAUUUUGACCCAGAAGUGGUCCAGAUAAAAGCUGGAAAAGCAGAAAUAUGUUUCCAUGUUUAUUACCUGCAGAUUGACAGGAGGAUAUCAGCCUUCAUUGAGAGGAAACAAGCUGAGAUCAAUGAAAAUAAUGUCAGGGAAUUUUGCAAUGUUAUUGAUUGUAAUCAAGAGAACAGCUGUGCCAGAACAGAUGCAGUUUUCACACCUUAUCCUGGAUUUAAAAGUCAUGUAAAGGUUUCUAGAGUUGUGAAUACCUAUGGUCCUCAGACUAGAUCUGAAGGACCACACGGGUCCAAUCACAAAGGAAGUAUCCUGCUUCGUGACUGUGGAAACCAAGCAGUAGAGGAAAGACUGCAAAACAUUGAAGCUCAUUUACGGUUACAAACAGGUGGUCCAGUACCUAGAGAUAUUUAUCAGAGAAUUAAAAAGCUUGAAGAUAAAAUUCUUGAGUUGGAAGGAAUGUCCCCUGAAUAUUUUCUAUCUGUGAAUUUUUCUGGCAAAAGGAGGAAGGUCCAAUCACCCCAUAAAUAUUCAUUGGCUGAACUUGAUGAGAAGAUCAAUGCACUUAAACAAGCAUUACUGAGAAAAACAAAUGAUGCAAAGUCCAAGGAGGUUGACGAACUUCUUUGAUGAAAUUUGCUAAUAGUCUCAUCUCGUUUUAACCCUUAAAGACUUAAGUACUCUUCACCUGGGAUGACUUUGGUAAUGAAAAUGAAGCUUACACAUAAACUCUCUCAUUUGGAUGUUUUUGGAAACUUACAUUUUUGGGGCAAUACUUGUUACAAAAUUAAAAGCCUCUCAAGUUCCUUAGGUUUUUUCUUUAAAAUGAAGAAUGCAUUGGAAGUAGCAUUCUAAAAAUCUAUUCCCUUCUGUUGUAAAGGAGGAUCUACAUUAUUAUUCAGCUGUGAAAAACUGCUAAUUUAACUGUGCAAAAUAUGUAUUUCAUCUGUGCUUUUCUGGAUCAGAGGGAAAAAUCUUUUGAAUAAUGAUAUUCAAAAGGGCUACCUUAACUAAAAUGUCAGUGUUCAUGUAAGUAACAAGUAAUUUUGUGAAAUAAAACAAACCUAUUUAA